AUGCAGUCUCUGGACGAGGAGUAUCUCCAGGUGGAUGCGCAGUUUGGAGGCGUGGACCAGAGGAAGAUCUUCAUGCAUGCGAACAAGUAUCUUCCCAGGCUAGGAUACAGACGAAGAGUCCAUCUUAUGAACCCCAUGAUGCCAGGACUGGGGUGCGAGAAGAUGAGCUCCUCCGACGAGCUGAGCAAAAUAGACCUGCUGGACACAGAAAAGGCGAUAUCGAAGAAGAUAAGCAAGUGCUUCUGUGAGGAGGGAAAUGCCAGCACGGGAGUGCUGACCCUGUUUAAGUUCAUAAUUCUGCCGGUGCUGCCCGAGGAUGUCGUGAUCAACAACAAGACAUAUCUGAGGUAUGAGGAGCUGGAGAGCGAUUUUGUUGAAAGGAAGAUACACCCUGCAGAUCUAAAGCAGUGUGCAUCCAGGCUUAUUGAGAGGAUUGUCUCACCGAUUCGGGAGAGCAUCAGCGAGGAGGUGACCAGGGCUGCCUAUGACUAG